AUGACAGACAUUGAAGAGACCAUUGACUUAUAUGCGGAAAUACCCACUUUCUAUCCUGAUUAUAAGCCUAUUAUAGAUAAAAUGCCACCAAGUCUAAUCAAAAGAGCUUUUGAUCAAUUACUUAUAAUAAAGCGCAAUCCUGUUUUGCCAAAAGAAAUUACAGAAAAAAGUGAUCGGAUUGAGCAAUAUUUGCGCAAUAAAUUAAUUGUUUAUGAACAAGCAAAAAAUCGAAGGGCUUUUGUCUAUAGUAUGGAUACUGGAAUGCAGACAGAGGAUAAUAGUUUUUCUGAUAAAGCAACUCAAACAGAUUCUUUGGAUAAAGCAACCCAAACAGAUGAUAUUGAUUUUUUAGGGCAGAUCAAACGGGUUAAUAUGAUAUUAAUUAAUGCACCUUUGGCUGAAAAAGGACCGGAAUCGCAAAACUAUGGAUUGGAAAAAACCACGUCCUCAAAGUUGGCCAGAAUGCCUGACACAUGA